AUGUCGAUGCGAUUCUACAUUGUUAUUGUACUGUGCUACUUGCACGAGGUUUUCGCUGAACAAUGCAAGGAGGGUGAGCAUGCCAUUUCUGGUAUGAUGCUUCGAGGACACACCUUCAGGAAAGUGAGAUCAUUGAUUGCAUUUGAAUGCCAUCAAGCAUGUUACAAUGAUUUCAGAUGUCACAGCUUCAACUACGUCAUUUCAGAGGAGCUGUGUGAACUAAACAACCGGACUAAGGAGGCCAGACCAGAGAACUUUGUGCCAAAUUCCGAAAGAUUUUAUGUCAGGAGUAAUAAGAAAAGAGGUGAGUUUCAACGAGAAGCAGCUCUAGCACUGGCGGUUAUUGAAGUAAUUUGAACCUGAUAAAACUAUUCUCCGUCCUUAGUUCAUCUUGGCUCCAUUCCUGAAUUUCCAGCAGAAACAUGUCGAGAGAUAAAAGCAAGCGAAGAGGGGAAAGCGAACAGUGGCAAUUACUGGCUUGAUUCCAUUAUAGAGGGGAAGACAGUACUUGUUCCUUGCGAUAUGGAAACAGCGGGUAACAAAACUCAAUUACUAGUAUUUGUUGACAUCAGUGUAAAAAAAUCUUGAUCAAGCACUAAUCGUUUUGGUAAAGAAGAUCCACGCCGAGUUGUAAUAUCCUACAAUGUUUGGUUCCUUUCACAACCACCACAAAUGGGAAAAAUAUCAUUCACAAUCUUUCAUUCCUUGUUUCCGCUUGAAUUUACUUAUUACCCUAAAUGACAAAUUAGUCACUUUCUCUUUCGCUCAUUUCACGAAUUAUUUAUCCGCCUAUUUAUUUAUUUAUUUAUCUAUUUCCUGGAAGUAUUUGAUAUUUCAUCAUAUAAUAUGCUGAAUAUCAUAGAAUAGCUAUUAUGCACGAUGAUGUUAUUUACUGAAAAAUAUCGGUCCAAGCCUACUUGGCAUUAUAUUUGUCGGGAACUUUAACUCCAUCUGGUUGUUUUCAUGUGGAAAACCUUUGAUUUCAGUAGUGUCGCAUUCAGAAUCUUGAGUGUAGACCGUGAAAGCGAGGUUUGAAGGUAUGAGUGGGUAUUUUUACGUAAACAUUCACAGGGCCCAUUGUCAAUUAAUUUCUAAUAUGUACAGUAUAUACAAUCAUUUUUUGUUAGAUGCUGAUGAAUGCAAGGCCUCGUUACCUGUCUGUGACACGAAUGCCAUUUGCCAGAAUACCCCUGACUCAUAUAUUUGUGCUUGUAAACCUGGAGUUAUUGCAGAUGGGACAACUUGC